AUGCCUACUCUCUCCUUAACUCCCUCUAGCGUCUCAUCAAGGACUGUGAUCUCCGUAGAUCGGUUCGAAACACAACCACAGUUUGAGGAGGCUAUUCACAAUAUUCUUCGCGAGGCUAAGAGCUUUCAUGAGCUCGUGAUUACCAAAAUCCUGCUAGGGUGGGAGGAUUUCCUCUGGAAAUUCGAGGAGGAUCUCCCUUCUAUUCGAAAAACCUAUAACCCAGAGAGCCGUUGUUUACAACUCAAAAUCAUGUUAACUUAUGCCUAUAAUUGUAUUGCUGAAUGGAUUUCAGCCUUAAUUUCCAGAGCCUGUGUGAUGGGUUUCCUGAACCUAGUAGAGCUAGACCUUCUCCUUCUACAAUAA